UUUAGUUAUUAUUAUGGAUCCAAGGCAGACAUUUAAAAUGUUUUAUCGAGAUUUGAGAGAUAAUGAAAAAUAGCCACGUAUAUUUUGCAUAUUUUUGCAUUCAUAACGAAGAUUGGCUCAAUUAAGAGACUGUGACAUUAAAAUUUAAUUAUAAUUUUACGAUAAAAUAACCUAAUAAAGUGUCAAAUAGUGAUAAUACUUGUGGGUAGCUAUUCAAAUUUUACAUUUUAUAUUUGAAAGUAUAUAAACUUGCUUGGUGUUUCUUGUCAAAACGAGCGGAAAAUGCCUUUUUUUUUCUUUCGCGCGCAAUGAAAUGUGACCGUACGCGUUAAAUCGAAGCUGGUACAUAAAUCGCAUAAAAACUUAUCAAAAUAUCGCCAUUGGCAACCGUUCUGUCAACAUUCAAAACCAAUUUUUGUUUACGACUGACAAGUUGGCACUUAGAGGCUGUGAUGUUAUUGAAUCAAUCAGAAAAGCAAUGGGUAAUUGUUUUGGAUUAUUUCGGCGCAGCGGCGUUAGGCGGCAGAUCGUUCUAAUACUAAUAGGCUUAGACAACGCGGGCAAAACGAAAACUGUGAAUAACUUAGUCGGCGAUAAAGAUGACAAAGUUUUACCUACGAUCGGUUUUAAAGCUGUAAAUCUGGUGCAUAAGGACACGCCUGUGACUAUAUACGAUUUGGGCGGUGGGCCGAAUUUUCGACAAAUAUGGCCACAGUAUUACAGUGAAGUGCACGGGGUUAUAUUUGUUAUUGAUUCAAGCGAUUGUUCGCGUUUGGACGAAUGCAGAAGUGUGCUUGAAGAUGUUUUGUCGCACGACAGAAUAUCUGGUAAGCCCGUGCUUGUAUUGGCCAACAAACAGGACAAGACCGGCGCCCUAGACGACAUCGACGUUGUAGAGAAACUUAACAUCGAACCACUGGUCAAUAGAUACCGAUGUCCGACUCUAGUCGAAUCGUACACAGCUAAUAUCGAUACGAAAUCGAAAAAGUUGAAGAUCGACCCCGGCCUCCGGAAAGGUUACCACUGGCUUCUGAACUACAUAAUCCGACGCUACGGCGACAUCAAUUUGAGAGUACAAACCGACAUCCACGCAGAUCUGGAGAGACGGAAACGGAUGCUCAACAAAGCUUCGAACACGAACUCACAGAUGAGCAACAGCGACGACAUCGCAACCCAAACGGGCUUCGAAAAUCCGAAUUACGACUUAACGAAAUCGAUUAAUAACACCGAGAUAAUAAUCGUCAAACCGAUCAAUCACAAUCAGAACAGCAUCGAUUCUACAAUAACCGUUGAGAGUAUCGAUAAUUCGGAAUCGACUAGCUGCGGUAAGCCGAAGUUGUCGCCAUUAUUCGGUCGUGCCAGUAACAGCCCUGCAACGGAUAUCGUUAAAAUUGAAUUGGAGCCCAAGAGCGCGUUCAGGAAGCUGUCGCCGAUCGUGAGGAACAAAAGCGGCGGGAAUCAACACAUGGAUUUCAAGAAUCGACCUCAGUCGAGUCCCACUUUAAAGAAGAUUAAGACCGAGCCCCACAGCAAGAACUCUUCGAUGGUCGAAGACAAGUCGGACACAUCGUACGUUGGCGACGGGAACCGCACCUGGGACGGUGCAAUGGUGAACCACAGCCGGAUACUAGUCAAUGCCGCAGAACUAGCUCAGACGCAGAGGGAAGUCGUGCUAAACGAUCGUGAUUACACAACGAAAUCGGAGGUAGCGCUGCAGCCGCUAACAUUACCCAUGUCCACCCGGCCGGCCUCCGCCUCCUUGCUGGUCAGGAGACAACUAGAACUGUCGGGACAGCACAAACGGAGACUCAGCUUGCGAUACAUGCAACGCAAUAAGACCAGCCCGGAACGUAUCUCCAUGCUUAUAUAUGAACCGAGUAAGGUUCAACAGCGGCAUUUAGACAAAGGGGACUUUGAGCACACGACAACAAUUAAUUGAAGAUGGAACUUCGAGAAACUUCAAAUAAAUUUUAACAGGGUAGAUAAUAAUGUACAAGAAUAGAAAUUGUUGGAAAAAUAUUGAAUUUUGAAAUUAAAUUUGUAAUUUUAUAUGCGAAAGAUUUAGCCUGUAACUAGCUAACUAGUCUAAGUUGCUAGAAAAUUUGAUGGAAUAAUGUCAUUAUUUUGAUUCGAAAAUGAAAUUGAUUUGCUUUUGGUUUUGAACUAACGUGCAUUGUGUUUACGAGUGCUCAGAGCUAGUGGACUACCAAGCUUCAAUGGAUCACUCUUAAGAAUACAUCUUUUCACAUACAAAUUAGUGAUGGGUGUUAUUGAUCAGUCUCUAAAGAGAAAAGUCUUGUGAAGUAAUCAUAAAAAUACAAAGUCUUGAUUGUGUGGCCAAACCCGCAGCUUAUACAACUUUUUUGGAGCCAAAAGUUAAGUAAGUUAUCUAC